ACACAGGGUUCCAGCACCUGGCUUGGACUCUAGUCGAGCCUUGUACAAUCUCAAGACCGCUCUUCGGCCGCGUACGCGUCGAUUCGGUGUCUUCGCUGCAUCCCCUACCGCCACAGAAUCGCAAACGCCGAGAUGAAUCCAGCACAUCGCGAAGGAUGGCCUUCGUCGCAGGUACCGGCGCCUGGGCAGACACCGCAACAACAAGCGGAGCAGAACCAGAGACAGCCUGCGCGUCCGCUGGAUUCCUACGGGCCAAACAACCCAAACGCGCAAGCUCCCACACACGCGUCACCUGCGCAAGCCCCAGGGCCUGUGCUCCCGCCCCCCUCUAACAAGCCAUUCUACUCAUCGAACGCGGCUGCGGCCCACAAUCAAAACCUGCCGCCGCUUCCUGGCUUGUCGGGUCAGCCUCCACACUCGUCGCCCCACCAAUCUGCGCAAAGAGCGCCUUCAACAGAGGCAGGACCGGUCGCGCAAGGACACCAGAUGCCACAGGGUCCACCGUACUCCCUACCGGGCAUCUCCCAGACUUUGCAGCAGCAACAAGGCACACUACAAGAACAGGCCAACGCAGAAAGGGAACGAGAGCUGCGCGAACGCGAAACACGAGAGCGCGAGAUAAUGGAGUCGCACGCGGCCCAGCAUGCUGCGCAGCAGGAAGAACAUGCAAAGCGCGAGGCUGAGCAACGCGAUCGAGAGAUGCACGAGCGUCAGCAGCGCGAACAAGCUGCGCUCCAAAACCACUCUGCGCCAAUCCAGAUCCACCAGCCCGUUGCUGUAGCCCCAUCGACACGAACAGUGCUUGGACCGAACGGUCUGCUCGGUCAGUCAAGUUCAUUGGUAGGAGCAAACCCACUGGCUGGCCAGACAGGAGGGCCAAACGCUGCGGGCCCUCUCUACGGCAAUGCGCCUGCUCAGCACGACCAGACCACGCCGCGCAUGCAGCACGCUGUGCAAGCGCCAACACAGGCUCAGAUGCUGAUGCCAUUUACUGGCCCACCUGGUGCCAUGGGCAUGGGUCAGGGUCAACAACCAAUCCUCAAUGACGCUCUAAGCUACCUUGACCAAGUCAAAGUCCAAUUCGCCGAUCAUCCCGAUGUCUACAACCGCUUCUUGGAUAUCAUGAAGGAUUUCAAGAGCGGUGCUAUUGACACCCCUGGUGUCAUUGAACGCGUUUCCACACUCUUCGCCGGCAAUCCGAACUUGAUUCAAGGCUUCAACACAUUCCUGCCUCCGGGAUACAAGAUUGAAUGUGGAACAAAUGGAGAUCCAAAUGCGAUCAGGGUUACCACACCCAUGGGCACAAUGGUCUCGACUAUGCCUGCUCCAAGGCCUCUGUCACCCCCACGUAGCGCAGCCACAAACGGCGGCGUCGCAACUCAACAAGAGGCUGCAUUCUAUGAAACAACUCAAGGACGACCCUGGCCCCAGCAACAGAGGGCACCAGAGCACGCUGAGUCGCUGUUCUCGCCGAACAACCGUAAUCUUGUUCAGCAACUGUAUGGCGCACAGCAAGGGCAGCAAGGACCUGCACCGCAUUCACCAGAGGCGACUACGCGCCCACACCCAGAUGCUGCUGCCUCGGCGGCCGCACUUGCACACCAACAGGAACAGCAGGGCGUCUCUCAGCUUCAGAACGCAGUGUCUGCAGCUACCGGACGUUCUAUGCUUGCAUUGAGCGGCGACGCAUCUGCUGCUCUGCCUGUGCAGGCACUGAAUGGCGCGGUCCAGGUUGCUCAGAUGGGUGGCCCUGGCGCUGAGAAGCGUGGUCCAGUCGAGUUCAAUCAUGCCAUCAGCUACGUCAACAAGAUCAAGAACCGCUUCGCGUCACAACCUGAUAUCUACAAGCAGUUCCUGGAGAUUCUCCAGACAUAUCAGCGGGAGUCGAAACCCAUUCAGGAUGUCUAUGCCCAAGUCACCGGAUUGUUCAACGCUGCUCCUGAUCUACUGGAAGACUUCAAGCAGUUCUUACCGGAAUCAGCCGCUCAGCAUAGAGCACAGCAGCAAGCCGCGAGGCAUGCUGAAGAUGCGGUUAUGCUGAGCAAUGUUCGUGGCGACGCUGCUGGGUAUGGUCAGACGCCAAACCUUCAGCAAACCCCACGCGCAGAUCAAUCACGACUGCCUCCCAUGGGCAACUUUGCUCCUACACCUACUGCGAACCGUGACAACAAGCGAAAACGUGACCGACAAGGGCCAGUGGCAGCGCCCAUGCCCACACCAAUGGCUCAGGAACCAACGAUGUCGAACGUUCGUGGCGGCACCUUGGGACCGAGCGCUGCAAACAAGCGCGCCAAAACUGGCCAUGCCGCGAAGCAGACCGUACCUGAAGGUCCUCCGGUCUCGCCAACUCUCACGCCAGCACUGCCGGAGCCCAUCCCGCCAACAACUACAACCACACCAAGUCAGGAUGAGCUUGCUUUCUUCGACCGUGUGAAGAAGUUCAUUGGCAACAAGAACACAAUGAAUGAGUUCUUGAAGCUGUGCAACCUUUACUCACAGGACCUGAUUGACAAAACGCUCCUUCUCUAUCGCGCACAGUCCUUCAUUGGGGGCAACCCAGAACUGUUUGCUUGGUUCAAGAAGUACAUGGGUGAAGACGACGAUCAACAGAAGACUCGUCCCAAGACUGUCAACUCUCGGGUGUCACUUUCAAACUGCCGUAGUCUUGGGCCUAGCUACCGUCUGCUGCCAAAGCGCGAGCGUGAGCGGGUGUGCAGCGGCCGUGAUGAGCUAUGCAAGUCCGUCCUGAACGACGAGUGGGCUUCUCAUCCAACGUGGGCCUCCGAAGACUCCGGGUUUAUCGCUCAUCGCAAGAAUCAAUUUGAAGAAGGUCUUCACAGGAUCGAAGAAGAGCGUCACGACUAUGACUUCAACAUCGAGGCUUGCAGUCGCACCAUUCAGCAACUAGAGCCAAUUGCGAACCAGUUGCUGACUAUGAAGCAAGAGGACCGUACCAACUUCGUGCUUCCAGCCGGCCUUGGAGGACAGAGCGAGACUAUCUACAAGCGCGUCAUUAUGAAGAUCUACGGCCGCGACAGGGGCAAGGACGUCAUCAAAGAACUGUUUGCCAUGCCCUGGAGCGUAGUACCAGUCUUGCUGCACCGCCUGAAAUGCAAGCUGGAAGACUGGAAAGCUGCUCAGCGUGAAUGGGAAAGGGUCUGGCGCGAUCAGACGCAGAAGAUUUUCUGGAAGUCUUUGGAUCAUCAGAGUCUAUCUGUGAAGCAGGCCGACAAGCGUCAAUUCCAGCCCAAGUCUUUGACCAACGAGGUCCUCGUCCGUUACGAGGAGCAGAAGCGUCUGCGACAAGUCCAGGAGAUUCCCCAGACUGAGUACCAGUUCGCUUUCUCAUUCAAGGACGAAGAGGUUCUCUUUGACGUCGCUCGCCUGAUGAUCACGUUCGCGGAUAACAACAGCGGCACUGAAUACGCCAAGGUGGUUCCAUUCAUCAAGGAGUUUGUGCCUCUAUUCUUCGGUCUUGACCAAGCCAAAUUCGAGCAGCGUGUCCAGACAUCAGGCCGCGAGACACCCAACGAGUCCGGCGAUGACACACCAAGCCCUGACGACGAUCUUGGCCAGCGAUCGCAAAAACCGAAGAAGGGUGACUUGCGACGUGACGUACUCGAUCCACGUGGCAAGUCCCGCAAAGACAAAGAUGAUAGCCUUGCGUCAGCAAGCCGGGAUACAACUCCAGAGAUCGCUUCAGGUGUCGAAGACGAGGCUGCCGCGGAUAGCUCCAACUCCAAUGGCCGUGACGAGCAAGCUGCGGGUAGCUGGGUGGAGUACUCAGCACAGCCUGCAGCUCUUGAUGACAAGGAAAUCGAGCACGACGAGCCAUACAGACGUAUUGAAUACAACAUGUAUGCCAAUGCGUCUAUCUACUGCUUCUUCCGAAUGUUCGUUUACCUAUACGAGCGAUUGCUGAAGCUCAAGGAGAGCGAGGACAAUGUCCGCAAGGUCGUCAGUCGCGCAAUGGAACCUAAGGCGGCCCGACAACUCAAGAUGCUGGACAAGCAGCCGGAUGAUUUCUUUAAGGAUACGUCUUCGUCUGCGAGUUUCUAUCAGCAAGUGCUGGAGAUGUUUCAAGACCAGAUCCUCGGUGAAGUUGAUAUGGGUUUCAUCGAAGAGACAUUGCGACGGUAUUACUUGCAGAUCGGCUGGCAGAUGUAUAGCUUCGACAGGCUCAUCAACUCACUCGUCCGUUUUGCUCUUGUCGUAGUCAGCUCUGACAGCAAGGACAAGAGCAUUGACAUCUACAACCUGUUCAGGAAGGACCGAGUCAAUGACACCACGUCGCACAAGAACGAGAUUAGCUACAGGAAGGCAGUCGAGAAGUAUGCAAAGGACGCUGACACCUAUCGCAUCACAUACGAUCCUGCGAAGACAGAAGCUACUGUUCGCCUUUUCAAGAAGGACGAUCCCACAUUCGACUCAAGCGCACUGGACCGAACCAGGCGUUGGCGCGCAUACCUCGCUUCUUUCCAAGCUGUAGAGCCCACCGAAGAGGUGGACCACGCAAAGGUCCAAUAUCCUUACCUCAAGAAACGCCUUUCCAAGGUGGAAGACCUUCCCCAGCAGGAUGAUCGUCUUGAUGUUGUGAAACACAGCGAUAAGAUUACGGUCUCAAUCAGCCCACAAACCUACAACAUCACGUUCAUCAACAGCGAGCCCUUCGGUACCGGCGGCGUUCAGUAUUUCACGCUUCCGGACACCGUCCGUGCAGGCAUCAGCGAGAGCACAUCGCAACCGAAUGAGCAGUUCAAGGCCCUUAACGACACAAGGCGUGAGCGAGCUCAAGAGAAGCUUGUGCGCAACAACACUUGGAUGAGGGAUCUCAGCCGUGACGAGGUUGACUCCAAGAAGAUUGUCUUCAAGAAGGGAAUUGACGAUGCCCAGCAAUCAGGGGAGGAGGACGUUGAGAUGGCAGAGGGAUAAUUUGAUUUCAGGAAUACGGCGUCUGGCGAAUUGCACAUCUCGAACACGAAACACAUAACGAGGAUGGGUGGUUUAUGCUUGCUUACUGGCUUGUGGACAGUUGUAUACCUGAGUGUAUGGGCUAAGCGUUGGAGCGUGCAUGUGAGACUGCGCAACGCAGUCGUGGCGUUUGGUUUGAUAACCAACUUUAUAUCCAUAUCAUGAUUCGUGUUCUUCCGCGUAAACGAGACUGCCCUAUCACUCUUGAACCCAAGUCCUGUCAUCUGCAAGCUUGCUGACGAAGACUCAAGAAUUCUUCGAUGGACACUCGGCA